AAAAAAUACCAGUACUAUAAGAUAAUAGUUAUAGGUAUGUAUAGACUGAAAUUGGGUGCUGUUAUUCUGAACAAAUAGAGAGCCAUAUAUAGCAGCACCCUUUUAGGUUGAUUUGAGGCAGAGAGUGAGAGAGGGAGAGAGAGAGUAUUGAAAGUUAAGCAAGUAAUCUAACCUUAUAGGUAGUGGAAAAACUGAACAGAGUGGUCUUAGGAGUUGUCAAAUGAAUAGGUGAAACUUGUUGAUCAGUGUGUAACAAGAAACUACCAGAAUCACUUGUGUGUUUCUAAAGCAAAAUCUCAAAGAGUGUCAUCUUUUUGGGAAUAACAACUUUCUCAUCUCUUAUAGCCUCUCCCCUCUCUCUCUCUCUCUCUCUUCUUAGUAUAUACAGCAAUAAUCAUCACACCUUGUUGCAUCUUCAUCACAUUCAUCAUUUGAUUCAUCAUGAAAGGAAGAUUGUUCUAUUUUAUGCUAGCUAUGAAUCUACUGAGUUGUGUUUCUGUAGCUAAAAGACCCUUUUUUUCAACUCAUGCAAUGUCCCAUCAAGAUCCAAAAGAUGCACCAGCACCAGCACUAGCACUAGCACCAUACCAAACCAUAGAGUCAAAAAAGGUAAGAGAAAGUAUAAAGCCAGAGAAUAUAGGGAUGAGUAACAUCAAGAUAGGGUCAAGUCCACCAAGCUGUGAGCAUAAAUGUUAUGGAUGCAAACCAUGUGAAGCAAUUCAAGUUCCAAGUAAAAGCAGAAGGAGAAGUCAUUUGGGGCUUGAGUAUGCAAAUUAUGAACCUGAGAGCUGGAAAUGCAAAUGUGGUCCUUCUUUCUAUAGUCCAUGAUCAUUGAAUUAUAUGUAUAAUUCAUCUCUUAGCUAGGUUCAUAUUAUAUAUAUUUUGUUCCUUUGUACAAAUCUCAAA